CUAUCUGUUUAGAGCUGUCGAUUUAUAAAAGGUGUUCAAUUGGCAAAUUAAACAAAAGCUGCAGCUAAAUCAUGUCGGAAAUAAUAAAGUUGGAUAAUUCGGAUAGCUGCUUUAUUACAGCUAAUGUAACUAACUCACAUAAUGAUGCUGUUGCAUUUGAAAUGAAGUUUGCCAAAGAUAUUACCAUUUCUCAAUUAAAGAGUAAAUUGGAAAUAAUAACGGGAGGAAGUGCUAGCACUAUGAAAGUGGAGUUGUACAAAGGCGAUAGCUAUGUGACGUCAUUGAGCAACAACGAUGCCAAGCUCGGAUUCUAUAUAAAUUGCGAUGGCUUACGCAUCCAUGUCGUUGAUUCAUUUGUUAGCUUUGGCUUCGACAACGAAAAGGUUGAAAAAUUCGAGCUUUCAAAGGAUCAAUACGAGCAAAAAACGAAUUCUGUUCGCAAUUUCUUAAAGCAGAACAAGAUUGGAAAGUAUAAUGAGGAGGAAAUGAAGCAAAUGGAAGAGAAGCGACGAGAACAGGCUGAAGAAAUGCAAAAACGGGCUGAUCUUUGCAUUCUUAACAGCAGAUGUCAAGUAACUGUGCCAGGGAAUCCAACUCGACGUGGCACAAUAAAGUACAAUGGAGAGCUAGAGGGUAAAAAUGGCAUAUUUAUUGGCGUACAGUAUGACGAGCCCUUGGGCAAGAAUAACGGAAGUGUUAACGGCAAAGUGUACUUUGUCUGCCCUCCAAAUUAUGGAGGUUUCGUCUCGCCUUUGUCCGUCGAAGUGGGCGACUUUCCUCCCGAGGACUUUGAUGAUGAGCUUUAAAUGGCAUUUAACAUUUCAUGAAAUUAAUUUCACAAACAGACUCACACCUUUAAACAUUUAUUUGUGAAUACAUAUGAACAUAUGCGCCAGCAUAUGUACAUAUCAAAAUAAUUAUUGUGAUCAUUUGAAUAAUUUUGGAAUUUACUAAUAAGCUAGUCCGUGAUAAAGCACUUUUCA